CUUAAAACCAAAGUGACAGUUCCAUAAUUUAAUUUUCCUCCUGUUUUGACUUUGAUACAAAGUAAACAAUCAAAUUCAUCAACUUGCAACAUGGAAAUAAUCAAUCCUUGUUUUUCUGUUCUAUCGAAUAUGGAAGUCUUGGAAGCUCUCAAAAACAUCAAAGACACAAAAAAGAAAUACGGACUUCGUAAUCUUGCGACGAUUGCCUAUGAGACCCUACAAUACCUCGAAGACUCACCUUGCAAAACCCAAACACGUGAAUCAAUUCUAGAAUUCCUUAAAGAAGUUAAACCCUAUAAACUAACAAGUAAUGAAUGUUUGAUGAUGAUCAAUGAUCCUCCUCAGACUGCCCUUCAUAUUCAAUUGCUCGUUGAGGAUAGUGAAGAGCGACUGAGUGAAGACCAAGUCAACGCUCUCCUCGAAAUAGUCAAGAGAAACUUUCCACAAGUUCCCGAGCCAACAAACCCACAAUAAAAAUUAAAAUACAUUUCAUACGCAUAGAAAUAGAAAAUAA